ACGUUAGCUCUUUUGCAUCCGUCGCCCGCCAUUGGUCCGUUGGGCAAUACAGGCCGUCCCAGCUUUUUAAAGCCGCCGCGUAGUAUAAACAAGGAGAUGCAGGGCGGCUAGGGCAUGAUGUCAUCGAGGUGCCGCAGCUCUUGGAGCUGACGUCAUCUCCGGGAAGGUGGCCGGCCCAGGGCUGUUAGGGACAGCCUUACAACUCGGCGGGCUCUAGAGCCACCCCCGCCCCGUAGGUGGUUAGUCCCUUUGCACUUCAGUGGCUCAGGCGGCGCUCCAUCCACGAGGAGAGGACCAUGACACAGGGUGUGAGCCCCAGCCCAGUCCUUCCACCACCUGACACCCCUGAUGCAACCAUGGGCAUUGGCAGUGACUAGGUGGCCCCCCUGCAUACCUGUGGGUCAGCGGCAGUUCUCAGCAGGGCCUAGCAGUGCUCCAGGCCUGCUUCGGCACAGCAGCCACUGCCCCGACCACCUCACCUCCCUGUAGAGGAGCGCCGAGCCUCGGCUCCUGCCGGCGGGAGCCCCCGAAUGCUGCACCCGGCCACCCAGCAGAGCCCGUUCAUGGUUGAUCUCCACGACCAGGUGCACCAGGGACCCGUCCCUCUGUCCUACACAGUCACCACCGUGACAACCCAAGGCUUCCCUUUGCCUGCGGGCCAGCACAUCCCUGGCUGUAGUGCCCAGCAGCUCCCAGCAUGCUCCGUGAUGUUCAGCGGACAGCCCUACCCCCUCUGCUGCCUCCCGCCCCCACUGAUCCAGGCGUGCACCAUGCAGCAACUUCCGGUGCCCUACCAGGCUUACCCCCACCUCAUCUCCAGCGACCACUAUAUCCUGCACCCACCACCGCCAGCCCCACCCCCCCAGCCAACCCACAUGGCGCCACUCGGGCAGUUCGUGUCACUGCAGACCCAGCACCCAAGAAUGCCUUUGCAGCGGCUUGAUAGUGAUGUGGACCUGCGAGGAGACCAGCACCCACUGGGGAGCUUCACCUACUCCACCUCGGCCCCUGGCCCCACCCUCUCCCCAUCUGUGCCCCUGCACUACCUGCCCCAUGAGCCGCUGCCCCAAGAGCUGCCCUUUGGCAUGCCAUAUUCCCACAUGAUGCCACGGAGACUGAACACCCAGAGAUACCGUCUGCAACAGCCGCUACCGCCACCGCCACCACCGCCGCCACCACCACCACCUUAUUACCCCAGUUUCCUGCCCUACUUCCUCUCCAUGCUGCCAAUGUCACCCACUGCGAUGGGGCCUACCAUCAGCCUGGAUCUAGAUGUGGACGAUGUGGAGAUGGAGAACUAUGAGGCCCUCCUGAACCUGGCGGAGCGGCUGGGCGAUGCCAAGCCCCGAGGCCUCACCAAAGCCGACAUUGAGCAGCUCCCAUCAUACCGCUUCAACCCCGACAGCCAUCAGUCAGAGCAGACGCUGUGUGUUGUCUGCUUCAGUGACUUCGAAGCACGGCAGCUGCUCCGAGUCCUCCCUUGCAACCAUGAGUUCCAUACCAAGUGCGUCGACAAGUGGCUGAAGGCCAACCGGACAUGCCCCAUUUGCCGGGCCGAUGCCUCCGAGGUGCCCAGGGAGGCUGAGUGAGGCCCCACAGCUGCCCAAGAGAACCCUGCCCGAAGCUCUGGAAACUCGGGGGGGUGGGACCCCAGGAG